AUGUCGGGUCGCGGUAAAGGAGGAAAGGGAUUGGGAAAGGGAGGAGCAAAGAGGCAUAGAAAGGUGCUUCGUGACAACAUCCAGGGUAUCACCAAGCCUGCAAUUCGUCGUUUGGCUAGAAGAGGUGGUGUCAAGAGAAUCAGUGGUCUCAUCUAUGAAGAAACCCGCGGUGUUCUCAAGAUCUUCCUCGAGAAUGUUAUUCGCGAUGCUGUCACCUACACUGAGCACGCCAGAAGGAAAACCGUCACUGCCAUGGAUGUCGUUUAUGCUUUGAAGAGGCAGGGAAGGACUCUCUACGGUUUCGGUGGUUGA